AUGGCCGUGUCUGUAGCGAAUUACCAAGGCGGGCAAAAUGUGCCAAAAUUGAAUUCCUUAGGAUAUGAUGACGAAAGUGUUUCAUUAGCAAAAAAAUGUUCACAUUCUCCGAAACCUUCUCGUCUUCCUAUUUUUGAGACAAAUGUAUCACAACAAAAUGGUUCUGGAAAUUCCCAACGUAAUCCAUUACAAGGAAAUGUACGUAGCAGCGCUAAUAUGAGUUCUCAUCGUCAUAGUAUGUAUUGCGGUGAUCCUUCAUCUAAUUUACAACAACAGUCACCUUCACAAAAUCGUAAUGGAUGUAAACAAUCUUUAUCACAAAAUCGUUUCGAAAAAAAGAGAGCUUCUAGUUUUAGUAGUUUUAGUAAUUUUAGUGAUAAUUCUGGAAAAAUCAAAUCAUCGCAAAGUUUUAAUCCAUCAUUACCAAUAAGUACAUUGCAGAAAGUUGAUAAACAAUCAGCUUUACCUCAACAGGGUGAAAAAUCUUCCCCAAUUUCUAAAUCUCCUAAAUCGAUACAAGGAUCUGAACAAUUACAAAAGUCAUCACAGAUAAUAGGUCAAGAAAAGUCUUCGCAACAUCCAGAUCAAAAGCAGUCAUAUAGUAAAUUAGAUCAAACCCAAAAAUUUGGGGAAUCUACUAAGAGAGUUCAACAAGAACAGAAAUUCAUGGAAAAGAAAUCAUCUACACCUGACCCAAAUAAUAAAAUUUCUAUUCCAUCACCAAAUCAUAGUUUGGAAUUAGUGUCUCCCAAAAAUCUUGAUCAAAAACAUUCUGAAGAUCAUUCAGAAUCUACUAAAAAAGGUACAAAUGACGAUACUAACUCAAAUAUUGUUGUCUCUACUGCUAAUGUUGCGCAAAACCCUCAGAAUUCAAUAGGACAACAAUCAUCUAAUCAACAAUCUUUCAAUUAUACAAAUGACCUCCGGAAAUCUAUGUAUAAAGAACAAUCCACUUCUUUUACGAAGCGUUUAAGAAGAGUAUUUAGUUUAAGUAAUAUUAAACAAGAUGGUGCUACACAAGUUAAUUCAUCGUCCUCAAAUACUUCAAGUUCACCAUCAUCACCUCUAAGUUCUCCUGCCAUUACUCCUAAAUUUUCUUCUCUUCGAUCAUUAUUCGCAAAGAAUGAUAAGAAACAACAUAAAGAACUUAAACAUCAGCAUCAAUCUUCACAACAAGAACGACAGCGACAGUUUCGAACUUCCUCUUCAGACAAAUGUCCUAGUCAAAAAAAGCGAUCUGAAGAUAAAAAUCGGAAUUCUAAGGAAGGAACUGAUGUUUUAAAUCCUUCUGAUGACAAUCAAAAUAAAGACAAACAACAGAAUGAAAAUAAACCAAAGAAAGAACGUAACUCUAUGGAAAUUUUCAAAAAAAAGGCAUCUAUUCCUCCUCGGUUUUCUUCUUUGCCGUCACGAAAAAACAACCGUUAUAAACAUCCACCAAUACAACCAUUACAACUUCAAUGUCAACCACAAACUAGCAACCAGUCCGUUCCAGUUAAUCAAGAUUCUUUAUCUGAAGAUUGUGUCAACAAGCAACAUAUUACUCAAAGUCAAUCAGAUUCUUUAUCUGAAGAUUGUAUCAACAAGCAACAUAUUACUCAAAGUCAAUCAGAUUCAUUGCCAACACCUCAAUCAUCAGUAACUACUUCACCUUCUAUCGAAACAUCUGAAAAGCUUAAUACUCCUACAUUUAUUUCUACCAUUAAAGCCAAUAAACCAUAUCUUAACAUGAACACAAGCGCAUCUCGUUCUGUACCUUCGUUUACUACUACUAGGGAUACUGAACUUCCUUUAACUCCAUCUACACCUUCUUCUUUGAAGAAACUUCAAUUUUCUUCAAAUAUUCUUAUACAUGAAACUUGGACACGUGACGAUUACGAUCGUCGAGGCGAUCAGACAACUUGUAACAAGCUCACCCCUCUUCUUGCUCAAAAGAUUAAACAAGAAUUAAAUGAAUUCAAGUUGAUUGAGAUGCAAGUACAUGAAGACAGCAAAAAGAAUACACAUUUUUUUGCUUAG